AUGGCUCCUGCCCCAACGACUUUAACCCGCAGCGACCACGACGUGGUAAUCCUCCUGCAGCCACCGACGUCCACAAUGCAAGCCGUGCCUACCCCUUUACUAACUCAGGAGCAGCAGCAGCAACAACAGACGCUGGCAAUACUGUCCAUGGCACUGCCAACCCGCACCGCAACGGAUUGCUCCGAAACUCAGGAAAAGCUCGAGAAAAUGGCUGCAGCUGUCACGACGCUGCUGGAAUGUAUCGGAGAAGAUCCGCAACGUGAGGGGUUACUCAAGACGCCCAUGCGGAUGGCCAAGGCGUUGCUGUAUAACACCAAGGGGUACGGCCAGAGCUUAGCUGAGGUGCUGAACGAAGCUGUUUUUGAAGAAGACCAUGACGAGAUGGUGAUUGUGCGGGACAUUGACCUGUACUCCAUGUGUGAGCACCAUAUGGUCCCGUUCACGGGCAAGGUGCACAUUGGCUACAUCCCCAAUGGCAAAGUGCUGGGACUGAGUAAACUCGCUCGGGUGAGCGAAGUCUUUUCGAGACGGCUGCAAGUCCAAGAGCGACUGACGAAGCAGAUUGCGACUGCUAUUAUGGGCGUCAUUAAACCAAAGGGCGUGGCUGUCGUGAUCGAAGCGACGCACAUGUGUAUGGUGAUGCGGGGCGUGGAAAAGAGCGGAGCGAGUACAGUCACGAGCUCGGUGCUUGGAGUGUUCAAGAGUGACCCACGCACUAGGAGUGAAUUCAUGUCGCUCAUUCACAGUAGAAGAUAG